UUGGGGGACAAAUUGACAGGUUCGAAUUGCAUUUUCCAUCUUUCGCCGAGUAGUAAUAAAGGAAGCAAAAAGCAGCUGUUAGAACAACUUCUUGGGCGAAUUUUCAAUCGGCGCCUUCUUCUCCAACCCUACCAUCUCUUCAAAUUUCAAUUUUCUUCAGUUCUAAGUGAUCGAGAGCUGCGAUGUUAGGUGUUUUAAGGCGCAAAGUCAUUUCUAGCGCCUCUUCUACUUCGUGUGUAAGGAAAUCUCUGCAUACGGUUCGACCUGCAGUAUCUAAAUCUAGAAUUCCAUCUGCCGCAGCAGAAGAGAUAUCAUUGCUUACUAGACAAUGUGGUCACGUGCGAAAUUUCAAUCAGCUUGUGCUGCCUGGGUGCUCAUCAAAUUUGCGGCCAGAAAGGGCUGUGACCAAUCUUUGCUCAAGUCCAAUACUACCAAAUCGGAGCAGGCCUUUCUGCGCAAAUAGUGGUGAUACCGUUGACGCUGUUGUUCCAUAUAUGGGUGAAUCCAUAAGUGAUGGGACACUGGCCACGUUCCUUAAGAAUGUUGGUGACAGAGUAGAAGCUGAUGAACCAAUUGCUCUGAUUGAAACAGAUAAGGUAACAAUUGAUGUUACCAGUCCUGAAACUGGUGUAAUCCAAAAGUUUGUAGCCAAGGAAGGGGACACUGUCGAACCAGGCAAUAAAGUUGCUAUCAUUUCAAAGUCUGGUGAGGGUGUGGAACAUGUUGCUCCAUCUGAGAAGCCCUCUGAGAAAGUAGCUUCUCCAGCUGAGGAUAAGAAAGAGGAAAAGGCAAAACCUCAAGUUGAAACAACUCCCGUCAAGGAGAAGCCUAAGGGAAGUUCACCUCCACCCCCUAAACGCUCUCCUACAGAGCUCCAACUUCCUCCCAAAGAACGGGAAAGACGAGUUCCCAUGACCAGGCUUAGAAAAAGAGUUGCCACUCGUUUGAAAGAUUCUCAGAACACAUUUGCUUUACUGACGACAUUCAAUGAAGUUGAUAUGACAAAUUUGAUGAAGCUCCGCUCUGAUUACAAAGAUGCCUUUGUUGAAAAGCAUGGAGUGAAGUUAGGAUUCAUGUCCGGAUUUGUCAAAGCAGCAGUUAGCGCACUCCAGAAUCAGCCAAUAGUUAAUGCAGUUAUCGAUGGCGAUGACAUCAUAUAUAGGGAUUAUAUAGACAUCAGUAUUGCUGUUGGUACAUCAAAGGGUCUUGUUGUUCCGGUUAUCCGCAAUGCUGAGCAGAUGAAUUUUGCUGAGAUAGAAAAGACAAUUAACACCCUUGCUAAGAGGGCAAAUGAUGGAAGCAUAUCUAUUGAUGAAAUGGCUGGAGGGUCAUUCACCAUUUCAAAUGGUGGAGUGUAUGGAAGUCUUAUCAGUACCCCUAUCAUAAAUCCUCCCCAGUCGGCUAUCUUGGGAAUGCAUUCAAUAGUCAGUCGCCCAAUGGUCGUCGGAGGUAAUAUUGUCCCAAGACCGAUGAUGUACAUUGCUCUGACAUACGAUCAUAGGCUGAUCGAUGGAAGAGAGGCAGUGUUCUUCUUGAGAAGAAUUAAGGAUGUGGUGGAAGAUCCCCGUCGCUUACUCCUUGAUGUUUAAGAUGGGAAACAACAUCUGGCUUUUGAUUUUGAUCCUUCGGGGGUAUACCUGAGUGUACACUCAAACAUAGAACCAGAAUAAAUGGCAAAAUCAGAGUUUUGUUGGCCUUAGGUGUUGCUUUGGUCCUCUGAUUAUUGCAGCCACAGCUAUAUUUGAGAUUUGCAGAUGUAGAGAGCCAUAAAGAUUUUGCCUUCCUUCCCCACUCACCCUUUUGCACAACUAUAUAUACUUUGCAUAAUGUUUAUUUCUCGUUUCAAUAUAUUAAACCAUAUUAAACCAUCUUUGAA